ACAAUUAUCAUAUACCAUUCAGUAUUUUGUAUGGAUUUCUUACUCUUCUAUGGUGAACACUGUUCUCACCCCUCUUAUUGAUGGGGAAAAAGAAGUGUUGAGAAAUUGGUAACUAUCAAGCUCAAAUUCACAUCCUAAAGAUCUGACACCAGAUCUUUUAUCUCAAUUUCAACAGAAUAUACUUCCCACAUUAUGUUAGUCACAAACCUGCCUGCCUAAGGAAUUGAUCAUAUAUGUCUUUCUUCAUCAAUUAAUAUGAACCAACACCAUCAUAACCAAUGAGGGUAUGGUGGGUCAUAAUUUAUUAAACCUUUUGUUUACUAUUACCUAGUUUCUCAUUUUUAGUGAUCAGAAGUUAUUUUUGGUUGAAUAUCCUUGUGUAUUCCUCUUGUGUGCUUCUUUGUUCUUCAGCAAUUUCUUAAGGAUACAUUUCUAGAAGUGAAGUUUUGGGUGAAGAAUUUGCCCCAAAUGCCUGACCCUGUAAUACUUGUACUUAGGGGGUAAUACAGUGUUUGGAAGACAUAGUUGUUACCUUGGAGACCAAAUAUGCCUUGGGUUCUGGCUUUUCUGGAUUCUGUGCUUCACCAAUAGAGGAAUCCCAUGGAGCAUUAAUUAGUUCUUGCAAUUCCAGAACCAUGACUGAUGGGUUGGUGACAUUCAGGGAUGUGGCCAUCGACUUCUCUCAGGAGGAGUGGGAAUGCCUGGACCCUGCUCAGAGGGACUUGUACGUGGAUGUGAUGUUGGAGAACUAUAGUAACUUGGUGUCACUGGAUUUGGAGUCAACAACAUAUGAGACCACAAAAAUAUUUUCAGAAAAGGAUAUUUUUGAAAUAAAUUUUUCCCAAUGGGAGAUGAAGGAAAAAAGUAAAACCCUUGGCCUUGAGGCAUCCAUCUUCAGAAAUAAUUGGAAGUGCAAAAGCAUAUUUGAGGGACUAAAAGGAUAUCAAGAGGGAUACUUCAGUCAAAUGAUAAUCAGCUAUGAAAAAAUACCCUCUUACAGAAAAAGUAAAUCUCUUACUCCACAUCAAAGCAUUCAUCAUACAGAGAAACCCUAUGUUUAUAAGGAAUGUGUGAAGGCUUGCAGUCAUGGCUCAAAACUUGUUCAACACAAGAGAACUCAUACAGCUGAAAAACACUUUGAAUGUAAAGAAUGUGGGAAGAAUUAUUUAAGUGCCUAUCAACUCAAUGUGCAUCAGAGAUUUCAUACUGGUGAGAAACCCUAUGAAUGUAAGGAAUGUGGGAAGACCUUUAGUUGGGGAUCAAGUCUUGUUAAACAUGAGAGAAUCCAUACUGGUGAGAAACCCUAUGAAUGUAAAGAAUGUGGGAAGGCCUUUAGUCGUGGCUAUCACCUUACUCAACAUCAGAAAAUUCAUAUUGGUGUGAAAUCUUAUAAAUGUAAGGAAUGUGGGAAGGCCUUUUUUUGGGGCUCAAGCCUCGCUAAACAUGAGAUAAUUCAUACAGGGGAGAAACCUUAUAAAUGUAAAGAAUGUGGGAAGGCCUUCAGUCGUGGCUAUCAACUUACUCAGCAUCAGAAAAUCCAUACUGGUAAGAAACCUUAUGAAUGUAAAAUAUGUGGAAAGGCUUUUUGUUGGGGCUAUCAACUUACUCGACAUCAGAUAUUUCAUACUGGUGAGAAACCCUAUGAAUGUAAGGAAUGUGGGAAGGCUUUUAAUUGCGGAUCAAGUCUUAUUCAACAUGCAAGAAUUCAUACUGGUGAGAAACCUUAUGAAUGUAAAGAAUGUGGAAAGGCCUUUAGUCGUGGCUAUCACCUUUCUCAACAUCAGAAAAUUCAUACUGGUGAGAAACCUUUUGAAUGUAAGGAAUGUGGGAAGGCCUUUAGUUGGGGUUCAAGCCUUGUUAAACAUGAGAGAGUUCAUACUGGUGAGAAAUCCCAUGAAUGUAAAGAAUGUGGAAAGACCUUUUGUAGUGGGUAUCAACUUACUCGACAUCAGGUAUUUCAUACUGGUGAGAAACCCUAUGAAUGUAAGGAAUGUGGGAAGGCUUUUAAUUGUGGAUCAAGUCUUGUUCAACAUGAGAGAAUCCAUACAGGGGAGAAACCUUAUGAAUGUAAAGAAUGUGGGAAGGCUUUUAGUCGUGGCUAUCACCUUACUCAACAUCAGAAAAUUCAUACCGGCGAGAAACCUUUUAAAUGUAAGGAAUGUGGGAAGGCCUUCAGUUGGGGUUCAAGCCUAAUUAAGCAUGAGAGAGUGCAUACUAAUGAGAAGUCUUAUGGAUGUAAAGACUGUGGGAAGGCCUUUGGUAGUGGCUAUCAACUUAGUGUUCAUCAGAGAUUUCAUACUGGUGAGAAGCUUUAUCAAUGUAAGGAAUUCGAGAAGACCUUUACUCAUGGCUCAAAACUUGUUCAUGAGAGAACUUGUGGUAAUGAUAAACCCUACAAAUAUAAAGAAUGUGGGGAAGCCUUUCUGUGGACAACUUACUCAAAUGAGAAAAUUGAAACCGAUGAAACCUUAUGAUUGAAAGUUGUAACAGAACAUUUUGUGUGUGUGUACAGACAACUCAUCAUAAUAGGAACUCUUACUCUUAAGAAACCUUGUGAAUGUAAGGGAUGUGCAAAAGCCAUUCAUUUCUGUUUAUGGACAAUUAUCUUGCUAUCUAGCAAUUCAUACUAGUGAGAAAUACUUUGAAUAUAACUAAUAUGAAAAGGCCUUUAGACUUCUGUACAGUCUUAUUGGAUAUCAAUUUAUACUGAUGUAAAAUCAUUUAAAUGUAA